AUGCACAAACCUGUGGAAUUUUGCCUUGUAUCAGUAAUUGUCUGUCAAUGGUGCAUCCCACUAUUGGGGACAGAACCACAGCUACCAGUAGAAGGGUCAUCUGAUGAAAACUUCAACUGCCCUGAAGUGUGCACCUGCAUUUUUGAUGACUACAGUGAAGAACUGAAUGUCUACUGUAGCUCUCGUAACUAUACACACAUUCCAAACGAUCUACCGUUCAACGCUAAAGCCAUUUGGUUUGAUGCUAAUAACUUUACAGUUCUUCAAUCCCAUGCUUUCAUGAACAUGUCUAAUCUGGAUUUCUUGAAUCUGGAGAAUAGCUAUAUAGUUACUGUCGAGCAGCAUGCCUUCUAUGGUUUGAAGAUGCUAGUCCACUUGCAUUUGGAAAGGAACAGACUGAAAUACCUCCUACCAAACGUAUUUCUCCACACUCCAUCUCUUGGAUCACUCAGUCUGAAUAAUAACAACUUCGGCAAAAUUGAAGAUGGGUUGUUUUCCGGCCUAUCUCAUCUCUGGUACCUCAACCUGGGAUGGAACAAUCUGGCAGUUUUGCCUGCUACAGUCUUUCAUGACUUACCAAACUUAAAGGAGCUUAUUUUGGCAGGAAAUAGACUAACUUACCUGCAGCCCCAACUAUUUGUAAGUUUGGUAGAGCUAAAAGAACUUGAUUUAUCGGGAAAUUUGUUGAGAGGCAUUAAGGGGAAUAUCUUUGUGAAGCUGCAAAAGCUUCAGAAGCUUUAUAUGAGUCAUAACCAGAUCAGCACCAUUGUACCAAGAGCUUUUAUGGGAAUGAAAUCGCUUCGAUGGUUAGACUUGUCCCACAAUCGCAUUAUAGUACUACAUGAAGAAACAUUCUCUGGGCUUCUAAAUCUGCAUGUACUUCGAAUGCUCAACAACUCCAUCAUACAGUUGAAGCACAGGACAUUCAGAGAACUUCAGUUUCUGGAGGAACUCCAGCUUGGGUACAACAAAAUCAUAAGCCUUUCUGAGAAUGUAUUUGAUGGGUUAGUACAAUUGGAAGUCCUCACACUAAACAAUAAUCAGAUUCAGCAGAUCAAACCAGGGACAUUUGCUGGCCUUCGUGAGGUAGCUGUACUGAAUCUAUCCAGCAACUCCUUAAAGGAUUUACCAGAUCACUCAUUUAAAGGUCUUAUUAAUCUACAUAGCCUGCAUUUAGAAAAUAAUGCAUUCACCAGAAUUCAACCAAACACAUUUUCUGGAUUAUUCUCCCUUCGAAGACUCUUCCUGCAAAACAAUUACAUUUCAGUCAUUGACAAUCAGAGCCUCAGCGACUUAAAACAGCUUUCAGAACUGGAUUUCAGAUACAACAAACUAAUACAGAUAUCUCCUCAGGCCUUUGCCGGUGUACCAAAUCUGGAGUAUCUACUAUUGAAGUGCAAUGAACUUCAACACAUUUCUGAAACCACCUUUCAGCCUUUUCAACACCUUUCGUGGCUUGAUUUAUCGGAGAACUUUAUUGAGUUUUUUGAUAAUUACACUCUUACACCCUUGACCGAGUUAAAGUAUCUGAACCUCAAGGACAACUCCUUAAAUCAUUUCCCACAACAUUUUUUGGAGCAGUCCACACAAUUGGAGCAACUACUGCUUGGGGGCAACAACUGGCAUUGUGACUGUUUACUAAAGUCACUCAGAAAUUACAGUCUAAAGAAUCCCCAUGUAGUUCCUCGUUAUUUCGAAUCAGCAAUAGAAGACGAUAUCAUCAUGCACACAUACAACAACAUCACCUGCGCAAGCCCAGAAACCAUUGCUAGUACAGAUCUGAGAGACAUUAGUGAGGACUAUUUUGGUCAUUGCUAA